CGGAGGCCUGGACCCUAGGCUCCUGGGCCAGGGGAACCCGCGUGUUGAGUCUUAACGUGAGAAUCGGCCUGCCCCACCCCCUUUCUGUGGAGAUCGGGCGUGGAAACAGGUCCGGCGAGGGGCACUGUCGGGCUCGAGGCCUGGUACCCCCGAAACUGGGUCUAGAAUCCAGAGGAAAGGAGCCUGCGGCUGGAUAGCCUCGCUCCUUGGACCGGACUGGAGGCGUCGCCGUUUCCUUGACAAUAGUUUCAGGACCUUUGAGGACCAGAGUGAUCCUUAGAGGCAGUGACAGGCACGAGUAGGAAGACGUGGUGAUUCCCAAACGAUCGACUGAGGCUGGAGUUGGUGGUCUGGCAUCAGGGUAAUACGAGAAAUGAAGCCAACAGGUACAGACCCGAGGAUUUUAUCGCUAGCUGCUGAAGUUGCAAAGAGUCCUGAGCAGAAUGUCCCUGUUAUACUAUUGAAGUUAAAAGAAAUAAUAAACAACGUGCCUUUAGGAAGCUCAGAGUUGAAGAAAAUCAAGCAAGAUAUAUAUUGUUAUGACCUCAUUCAGUAUUGCCUAUUGGUCCUCAGUCAAGAUUGUUCACGAAUCCAGGGUGGUUGGACUACAAUUUCUCAGCUUACACAGAUAUUAAGCCAUUGCUGUGUGGGCUUGGAGCCAGGAGAAGAUUCAGAGGAAUUUUACAAUGAUUUCCUUCCAUCAGCUGCAGAAAAUUUUCUAGUUUUGGGGAGACGAUUGCAAACAUGUUUCAUCAAUGCAGUUAAGGGCGAAGAAAAAGAUGAACUAUUACACUGUUUCCAAAUUGUGACUGAGUCUCUUCUCUGGCUUUUGGGAGGCCAUGUUCAACUCAUACCAAAUGUGCUGCAGAGUGAUCAUUUCCUACACUUGAUGCAAACAGACAAUGUUCAAAUCGGAGCUAUAGUCAUGACUGUGCUACAGAGUAUACUACAGAUCAACAGUGGCGAUUUACUCAGAAUAGAAGGAAAAGCCUUGCAUUCAAUUUUAGAUGAAGUUGUUUUCAAGCUUUUAUCAACUCCUAGUCCAGUCAUACGAAGUACUACUACAAAGCUUCUACUGUUGAUGGCUGAAUCCCAUCAGGAAAUUUUGAUUUUACUGAGACUAAGUGCCUGCUACAAAGGAUUCAGAAGUCUACUAAACAAACAGGAAACUGGGACAGAAUUUAGCCAAGAACUUAGACAGCUGCUUGACCUUUUAAGUCCUGAGGUCUAUCAAGAAGUCGAAGAGCAGAACCAACAUCAGGCCGCUUGCGUGAUUCAAGCUUAUUGGAAGGGUUUCCAGACUAGAAAGAGAUUAAAGAAGCUUCCAUCUGCUGUAAUUGCUUUGCAGAGGAGUUUCAGAGCUAAACAAGCAAAGUUACUGCUGAAGCUAAAUAGGCAAAAGGAAGAAGAGGACCUCAGAUUACAUUUGCAUCUUCAAAGACAGAGAGCCAUGAGACUUUCCCGAGAAUUACAGCUGAGUAUGCUUGAAAUAGUUCAUCCAGGUCAGGUCGAGAAACACAAUCGGGAAAUGGAAGAGAAAUCAGCAUUGAUUAUCCAGAAACAUUGGAGAGGGUACAGGGAAAGGAAAAAUUUUCGCCAACAGAGACCAUCUCUCACAGAGUACAAAGCAGCUGUCACACUUCAAAGAGCAGUUCUUAAAUUCCUAGCAAAGUGCCGUAAGAAGAAGAAACUGUUUGCUCCUUGGCAAGGACUUCAAGAGCUCACUGAUGCACGCAGAGUUGAACUAAAGCACCAAGUGGAUGACUAUAUCAAGAGACACCUGGGUUCUCAGAUGUCAGAUGUGGCCAGCAGGGAGCUCCAUGCCCAAGCUCAAGAACGACUGCAACACUACUUUAUGGGCAGGGCCCUAGAAGAGAGAGCCCAGCAGCACAGAGAGGCUCUGAUGGCUCAGAUCAGCACCAAUAUUGAACAACUAAUAAAAGCACCAAGUCUGAAGGAAGCAGAAGGGAGAGAACCUGAACUCUUCCUAAGCAGAUCCAGGCCUGUGGCAGCCAAGGCCAAGCAAGCCCAUCUCACCACCCUGAAGCACAUACAAGCCCCCUGGUGGAGAAAGCUUGGGGAAGAACCAGGAGAUGAGAUUGAUGUUCCAAAAGAUGAGCUCAGUGUAGAAUUAGAAACUUUAUUCAUUGGUGGAACCAAACCCCCUUAGUGAGUUACCCUGAGAACUGACCCAAAUCUUAGGUUUCAGGAGAUUAUAUUGGUUCUUCCUCUGGCAUAUUAGUAUAUGAGAACUUGGCUACUUUAUGAUUUUUCAGAGGUUUCUCUCCAAACAAGAUUUGCAGUCAGUAAGCAGAGUUACCUUCUACCUCUCAGUUUUCUUUAUGUUAUCUUCAUACACCCAUUCCUCAUCCCACACACAGGUUUAUGUAGCUUUUGUUGUGGAACUAAACGCAGCAUGGCAUUCUCUUGUUUGCAUUAAAUAUGAGAUUUCUUUUGUUUCUGAUGUUUUCCAACUAGAGGUUUUUUCUAAAAUACUUUCAACAACUGUUCUGAAAAAAUGGUCAGGAUAGCUUCAACUUUUCACAUUGAUUAUUUAGAAUUUCUUGUUUUUCUAUUAAUAUAGGUGUAUUCUUGGCCUUUAUAAAGGUUAGGGAAGAAACAGUCAAUUGAAGGAUAUAUCGCUAUUUUCUAUAAAACAAUAUUGAAUUUAUGUUGUUUUGUUAUUCAACUAGGAUGCAAUGCAAGAAAAAUGUCUCCAAAAUAAAAUCACCUUCUUUUUAUUAAACUGUGAAAACUAUGC